UUCACUUUUCCGUGUCUUAAAUUUACACUGCUCUUUAUCUUUGGUCGUCAACUACCAUUAGCUAUAGAUGCGCGUGGAGUGAUCACUUGACAAGUACGCAUUACGUGGAUCCUUUUUCAUCAAUCGAUCACUACGGGGGAUAAGAAAAUGAGACCUUUUUGCGUUCGCUAUAGGCACCUAGUAAUUUGCUAAAAUCCACUUCCGCGAUGAAUAUUGUGAUUGACAAUUUUUUUUUUUUGAAUUUAUAAAAGAGAUGUCUCUUUGUACGAUUAGUAACCUACGAUGAGAUACUACUAAUAAAAGUUCCACUUACGAGCUGCGCACUUUAUCGAGACAGUUGCGCUGUAGGUAUCAUCGUGGAUCAUCUGUUUGCAUUUCACGGUGUCGCAUCGAAUCGAUUGAAAAAUAUAUCAAGGGAAUUGAUAUGAAGAGAAUGACAUCAACCGUGCUCCAGGUAGACGAUAGGAAUGGAAGUGGCGUAUUCAACAUCCCUUACUACAGAGUGCUUAAAAAGUAUAUGAUUAUCAUGGGACAAUAUCCAACUCAAUCAGCUUUGGUGAAUAAUUGUUGCGUAACCGUAUUGGUGGCGAGUAACAUUAGUCUUAUACUACCUACGUUGUUCCAAAUGUACAUAUCGAUGCGCGCGAAGGAUUUCGAUGGAAUCCUCGAGUGCCAACCGCACUUAUUUACAACCGCUGUAAGUGGUUUCAAGUUAUUAUGUCUUCAUGUGAACAAGGAAUAUUUGAGGAAAAUGUUUGUCUCUGUGGAAGAAGAAUGGAAGCUGCUGAAAUUUAACGGUGGCUUGUGCACUCUGGAUGACAUUACCAAAUCCGGAUGUAAAAUUGCGCAACUCUACAGAAGUAGCUUGUUGUCAUUCUUGUCAGUAUUCGUAAUGCUACCGUUGGUCAAUCCUAUGCUGGAUAUCGUUAUGCCACUGAACGAAACCAGACCUCGACAACAAGUAUUUAAACUUUAUUACUUCGUGAACAACGACGAUCAUUUUUUCCCCAUAUAUUUCCACGCGAGUAUAUGUUCGAUUUGUGCUAUACUGAUGAUAGUCACUUUCGAUUCUGUGUUCAUGGUGAUAUCUCAUCACGCCUCUGGAUUAUUUGUCAUAUGCGGAGAUAAGAUUAAGAAAUCGACGGAAAAUAAUCGAACUAAAAUUGGAGUUGCUGAGUGGGACGAUGGAUACGAAGAAGCCAGAGAAUGCGUGGCGGCACACAAGAAAGCUAUCGAGUUUUUCAAGAUGCUGGAGCAAGUGACUGAAAAGCUUUACCUAGUUCUGAUUGGAAGUAACAUGAUCGGUAUAUGCGUAACAGCUUUUCAAGUAGUCGUACAUUUAAAUGAACCCGACGAAGCUAUCAGAUAUGUUGUUUUCUGUGUUGCCCAGAACUUUCAUUUAUUCUACGUCAGUAUACCCGGACAGAUAAUUGCUGAUCGUAGUUUUGAACUCGCCACUAGUAUGUACGUGUUGCACGGAAGAAAGGAAUACAGUAUUGCAAACUAAGUAUCGAAAACGCGGAGUAUAUAAAGUAAACAUCGAAAAUUUCGGAGCGGUAUGUAAUGCCUGACAAUGCUGGGAGAAUGGAACCCGCAGUAUUUCUGUUUCUAGCAUGAUUAUUAAUUAAUAACAAAUACACUUUAAUUUUAAGACUUUCAAAACGUGCAUGUCAUAUAUUACGAUGUUGCUGUCGAUGAGAGAAUAGUCCCUCGUUAUACCUGCCCAUAACGUGUUUUCGUUGGACAAAAAUACUAUAUUGAUUAUUCGACGUUCACAGGCUAAACUGCAUGCAAUUCAAGUGGUAUUUGAUUUAAGUAGAUUUCGUCAUUACGAUAGAGAUACAUAGUUGAUCAAAUUAGUUAAACCGUAUGGUCCUCCAAACGAGACACCAUUGGCCAGAUAUUUCAUAAGUGUUGAGUUGUUGUUGUAUUGUGUUUAUCGUAAAAUUUCAACUAAAAUAAAAUUAUAUUCUUCUAUAGAUAAUCCUUACUAAUCCUCUUACUCAAACACAUUAUUUAUAUAAUUUAUUGAGUAUUAUUUGAGACGUAUCUUUUGCAUGUCUAUGUACAGCAUGUAAACGAGUAAUAGGUUUGUUCACAUUAUCAAUCGUAACUCGAUAAUCAUAAGUAUGUGCUUAGUCUCUAUACCAAAAAAGGAGCGUUGUAAGCAUUAGUUUAUUGUAAAGUUUUCAACUUAUUAUUUUCUUAGACACUACUGGUAUUGCUAAUGCUACAGUAUUCCAUUCAUUAUCCUUGGACCGUGGAAAUUA